UAUUUCACUAGAAAUGCAUAAAGUCUCUUGUUCAUAUUAAAUCAGGACGCAUUUCUCGAUUAUCAGCAGUCGGCUCAAAAAUCAAUAUCGGUACUUUAUUUUCCGUCAACGAAAUAACUGCUUUUUCAAACAAAAAUAUUUCUCCCAACUACCAGGUGAAAAUAAACAUCUCCACACAAAUUCGCUUACUGUGCCAAGUUAUGCAGCUGCUCCAUAUAUCUGUUUGUCUAUUUCCCAUAUGCUGCUCUUUCUCCUCUUCGCUGAUGAACUUCCAUCGAUUCAGUCCCUGCAUAUGGUUGCCAUUUGUGGCACGAGCUUGUAUACAAUCGGAAACCGGAAUCGGUGACCGAUUGCGCGGUGCGGUAUUUGUUGCUUCAGCAGACGAUACCAGAGACAGCGCCGAACAACUAUCGGAGUUCGUCCGCGUCUUGGUUCGCCAGUGCGGCUGGCUGGCUGUUGUGAGGCUGUCGUUAGGAUCCAGUGUCGUCACAGAGUGGUUUUCGUGCUGGUUGUAGUGUUGUGUUAUUGAUGGUGAUCGGUCGGCGGUGUUCGCUGCUCGUGUAAAGCGGCUGGCAUUCUUGUCGAAUAUCGGCAACCUAACGUCUGUGUUUGUGCGAAGAGCAGCGAAACUUCAUUUGACACCAUGGGCGAAGACAGAGACCGAGAUAGGGACAGACGGCGCCGUUCAAGGUCACGGGAUCGCGGCCGCGACCGCUCCCGGGAACGCCGACGCUCGCGAUCAGAUUCACGCGGGCGUCGCGGAGCCCAAGGCGGCGGCGCCUGUGGGAAGCUGCGUCGAAAAAAGCCAUCACUUUACUGGGACGUGCCAGCACCUGGCUUUGAGCACAUCACUCCGCUGCAGUACAAAGCGAUGCAAGCGUCCGGACAGAUCCCGGCCACGCUAUUGGCACCGCCUAUCACUACAGAUCAUCAGCCAUCCCAACCGGUUGUGGGCAGUACGAUCACUCGACAGGCACGACGAUUGUACGUCGGCAACAUUCCGUUUGGAUGCACUGAACAGGAGAUGAUUGAUUAUUUCAAUGUGCAGAUGCACGCCUGCGCCUUCGCGCAGGCCCAAGGCAACCCGGUACUGGCGUGCCAGAUUAACAUGGAUAAGAACUUUGCUUUCCUUGAGUUCCGUUCAAUCGAUGAGACGACUGCGGCUAUGUCAUUCGACGGAAUUAAUUUCAAGGGUCAAUCUUUGAAGAUCCGUCGUCCGCACGAUUAUCAACCGAUGCCAGGAAUGUCGGAGCAGCCUGGCUCCGUUAUACCUGGCGUGGUGUCCACUGUAGUGCAGGAUUCGCCACACAAGGUAUUCAUCGGUGGACUUCCAAAUUACCUAAAUGAGGAUCAGGUUCGCGAAUUGCUGAUGUCUUUCGGACAACUUAAGGCGUUCAAUCUUGUCAAAGAUACAGCCAGCGGCCUAUCAAAGGGAUACGCGUUCUGCGAAUACGCCGAUGCAGCGAUCACAGACGAGGCAAUCGCUGGCUUGAACGGCAUGCAGCUUGGCGAAAAGAAGCUGAUUGUUCAACGAGCAUCGGUCGGUGCCAAAAACUCGUCGAUGGCCGCACCGGUACAAAUUCAAGUACCGGGAAUGGCGUCCGGCGUACCUGGUUCCUCCGGUCCAGCCACCGAAGUGCUCUGCCUAAUGAAUCUUGUGACACCGGAUGAACUUCGCGAUGAAGAGGAAUAUGAGGAUAUACUCGAAGACAUACAGGAGGAAUGCAGUAAAUACGGUCACGUGAAAAGUAUCGAAAUUCCUCGGCCCAUUGACGGAGUCGAUGUCAAUGGGCUUGGCAAAGUGUUCGUCGAGUUCAACUCGAUUGCCGACUGCCAAAAAGCACAACAAGCGCUCACCGGCCGAAAAUUCAGCAAUCGCGUUGUGGUAACAUCGUAUUUUGAGCCGGACAAGUAUCACCGCCGUCAAUUCUAAUUGCGGCCCUGGCGUACUGGCAGUAUACGUCAGGCCAGGACAACAAUCGUAAAUUGGAUGGGAUUAAAAUGUUUAAAGCAUUAGGGGUUGUAGGAAGUAGCAUUGAUCAGCGAUUCUCGUUUUGAAAAUUCAUCGUAUUUUUUUUUGUUUGAGCUGGAAUAACAAUGCCGUAAGCAUAAUUUGGUAUAAAGUUCGUAGCCACUUAUUUCCUUCUAUUUGUCGCAUCACAGUAGAAACCAGCAGACUAGCUACCAGUGGCGUUGCCUUUUUGCCACAUGGAAAAAACAGAAAUCAGUUCGAAAGUAUUCAUAAGAAGCGUUUUAUUUCUGCCCUGUCAAAGUGAGGCUUAUAUGCAGCACUGGGAAAGGUUAAUAGUUGACAUUAUACAAUAUGGAGAAGGACGAAAGGAAAUGAAAGGCGGAGAUCAGAAUAUGUGGGAGGAUGCGAUUGGUUGUUUUGGACACACCAAGACCCAAGAGCACACAUUCUUAGAGGGCGUGUGGGACGCGCGAAAAAACCCGUGCGAAAACUCAAGUUAAGAGGCCCACAUCCUAUUCUCGGCCACCUCAAUAUUCUACCAUGCUCUUCUAUGUACAUUGUCUCUCAUCAUAUAUUACUAAUUACUAUAGCUAAGAAGUAUAAAUUAAAAGAGAAAGAUGCAACAAUUACGUAUGCCGAAAAAUAUAGAAAAGUAACAUCCAGCAUGUUCACCCCAUACAC